CACAUCUCUAUUGGAUUGGCCAGCUCCGACCCGACUCUGCUUCGAUGUAAAGUAAAUCCACAAAAUGCUGCGCCAGAACCUGUUGGAUCAGCUCAAGCACUUCAUAGAGACGGUGAGCAAGGGCCACAGCUGCCCCCAGCUGCUGACCAGUCCCAAUCUCAUCAAGCUCGCGCUGGGAUUCCUGGAGGAGCUGCCUGCCACGCGGGACAUAGUCUUUGAGUACUUCGCCCUGCUGGCCGAGAUCAGCGUGCAGCUGUAUGUCUCGCCCGAGAUGGCGGACUCGAAGACCGGAAUGCCGGUGUCGCAGGUGAAGCAGGCCGGGAAUCGGCAGCAGCAGCUCCGGGCGCCGGAGUACGAGAGCUUCAACCUGGUCAAGACGGCGCUGCAGAGCCUGGUGUGGAAGGGCCCGCCCGCCUGGUCGCCCCUCAUCGCCAACUGGAGCCUGGAGCUGGUGGCGAAGCUGAGCGACAAGUACACCCAGCGGCGGAUGACCAUCACGGCCAGCUGCAACUACUGGCUGGAGUGCAGCGCCAUGCACGGCCUGAUGACCCUCAUAAACAGCUGCUUCCGCAAGCUCACCCAACCAGAGGAGGAGGCUUGCGUCGAGAUCAUGCUCAAUGCCUUCCACCGCUUUCCCAUGACCUUCGACUGGAUUGUGGCCAGGUUGGGUGGCUGCUUCCCCUACAAGAUCAUCAUGCAGAUCCUGCAGUGCGGCAUCAAGCGCUUCGUCGAGGACUACCGCUGUCACCUGGACUCGGAGGCGGGCAUCCUCGACUACAUGACCUCGUGCCACGAACAGCAGCUGAGGGCCGCCUUCCGUGAGAUGCUCAGGGAGGGCUUUGCGCCCAAGAAGCCGCUGGACGUGGCCGUGGUGCCAUUCCUGCUGAUCACCACCAACUACUCGGACACGAUCCUGCAGAGCUUGGUCAAUGUGCUGGUGGAAAUAUAUAACGAGGACAUGUGCGAGGUGAUUGUGCAGAAGUCGCCGCUCUGGCUGAGCAACAAGAUGUUCGCAGGAAUGCAGCCCACAUUAAAUAACGCAGUGCUGCGGCUGAACGAGCAUGGAGCCACGUUGCUGCUCACGGCAGCCAAGAUGGCCGAAAAGUACGUGUGGUGCCAGGACUUCCUGGACAACUCCAUGCAGGAGCUGGAGCAGUGGGUGCUCAACCAACGCAAUUUCCCACUGCUCGCAGAUCUGGCGUAUGAGGAAACGAAAUACAUGUUGUGGAAGAGCUGCCUCAGCACCAAUCUCUUCGAGCAGCAAACGGCCGUGCGGCUGCUGCUGGUGGUCUCCUCCCAGCACCCGCACAUUUACUACCAGACAAUAUCACAGCUUCUGAAGAAGUCGUACGCCCAGAAUCCCAAUGGCAUUGGCGCCCUUAUCCGUCUGCUGGGUGGCCAAAGCGGCAUGGUGAACUUUCCAGGUUUCACGCCUGGCUUCAAAAUGGUUUUGGAGGACAUAACACUGGAUGUUCAGGUCAACAAUCGGCUGCCAAUCCCGCCUGGCACGCCCACAGAAGCAUUCAACACUUUCUCCAAUCUCAACAUACUGGCCAGGAUGCACAAGACCAAGAAUGUGGCGCCCUAUAUCAAAGCUCAGCAUUUAAACCAAGCCCUCAACGAGUGUCUUCCGAAGAUCAUCCAAAUCUUUGACUGCACUGUCAACAAAUUGGUUCUCAAGAUGGACAGGGAUGCAGCUGAGCGCAGUGCGGAGAAAUUCAGGGCACAGCAGAGCAACAAUAACAACAAUAAUGACAUGUGCAAUGGAAAGGACUACGGAAAGCGACCGAAACUGGAGGAAGGCAAGGAGAAGGCGGAGGAGGAAGAUGUGACCCGCAUGCGGUUGGCCCACCUGAUUGUGGAUCUGCUGAACAACAUAGACGCCGGUAGCCGCACCAAUGUCCUGCGAACUCCACUUGUCCUCAAGUUGGCCGUGCUUAGCGUGAAGUACUUCUUUGUUGGCCUAACUGAGCAGACUGUGAUCCGUCGAGCGGCCGCUUCGCAUCGCUCAUACGCCCUGCUGCAGCGCCAGUGCUCUGCCCGGAAGAUUGCGAGAACUGUGUGUCUGCGCGAACUGGUGGAGGGCGCCCUCUUCUACCAUGGCCAUCUGCUGGGUCAGCUGGAGGAGUACGAACUGGAUGAGCUGCAAAUCCCCGAGCACGAGCUGCUCAUCCUGCAGAACCUGCACACCAGCUCAGGGGCCAACUCGAAUCGAUCCGUGCUGCAUUCCGGGAUCAUAGGACGUGGUCUGCGACCCGUGCUGCCCACCAACGAGCGAAGCUGCGAUGCGGAAAAGCAGGCGCUGUAUCUUAAGGCAUUGAAUGCCUGCUGCGCCGACCUGGAGAAGCCGAACAACGUGGAGGGCUACUCGCUGGUCUCGCUGCUGCUGGUCGAGCUGGUCUCCACAGAUGUCAUGUACAACGGCCUGCCCUUUCCGGAUGAGGAGUUCACACGGGUCACCAUGGAGCGGGAUAUGCAGAUCAGAAGGGCGUUUAUAACCUCGCCGGUCCUCUGGGCGGUUUUGGGACUGAUCGCCGGUCAUAGGCCGGCCCUUUGCUAUUCCUCGGUGCUACUAAGGGCACUUUGCGCCACCUGCUUGCACCACUGGAGGGGGAAGAAUGUCAAUAGAUUCCAGCCCACGGCUGCCAACGAUGAGUUGAUGCUCUGCACCAAGAAGAUGCUGCAGCUGCUGGCUAUGAGCCAGCUGAUACCGCCGCCACUUACCAACUUGCAUCUCAUCAUCGAGCACUUUGAGUCGGCAGAGAUCGCUCUUCUGCUGCGCGAGUGCAUCUGGAACUAUCUUAAGGACCACGUGCCCUCGCCGGCGCUCUUCCACGUGGACAACAACGGCCUCCACUGGCGCAACACGAACACGCCGCUUGCCAAGGUGCCGCCCCAGUAUGUGGACACCCUGCGCCACCUGAUGCAGCGCAAGCUGUCCACCCUGGGCCCGCACUACCACCAGAUGUUCAUCAUGGGCGACCUGAUGGAGGAGGCCCACUCGGAGCCGGAUCCCACGGCCCGGCUGCAGAUCGUGGAACUAGAUUAAGCAUCCGUAGUUAGCUAGCCUAAUGUUGUGUGAGCCUGAGCGUGUGUGUGGAAUGUUGAGUGUGGAUUAUGCAGUAUGAAGUGUGCGAACUAAAUGCAGUGUUUGUAUUUUGAUCUUCAA